GCGUUAAUGAGAGUUUUAUCCUCAGUAGACUCAAGGCAGUGGAGAAAAGUCCGGAGGACAUUAUCAAGAACCAUUACACAUAACCACAGCAAUCCCUGAAUCCUUCUCCUCACCAGCCAGUGAACAGUGUGAGCCAAACACACCACGGCAGCGUGAGAUCAUUCAUACAUUUAAAACUGUUAUACACAAUAGCACUGAAAUACACAAGAGUUUGCAAAUGUAGAACUGAAUUUAUAGUGCUGUGUUCUGAUAAUUAAUAAUGGAUUGGAUUUAUAUAGCACUUUUCAAGGCACCCAAAGUGCUUUACAAUGCCACUAUUCAUUCACUCUUACGCCAUCUUCUGUCAGCACAGAAUGUGACGUCGCCUGGUUGGUUGUGGCUAAUAAACCCACAUUGGUUUAUGUUAGCUAACUGGUGACAGAACCAAUAACUCAGUGGAAAACACUUUUGUGCUGCCCCUGGCUGCAGCAGUAAAACCAAGGACAUACUGUCCACUUAUACUGUCUGUCUCUUUAACAAUAAUUGGCUCCAUUGUUUGGCUACAUUCACUCAAACAGGAAAAUCUGUCCUCAUUUUUAAAUUCUUUACAAACACACAGAUUAUGAGUAACAGCUGGAUUUUUACGUUGUAAAUCAGCCUUUGUAUGUGUGUAGUGUUUCAUGUCUGCUUUAAUUUGGCGAUCCAGUGCGCUCUAGUUUUUGAGGAUCUACCUAUGAACUUUGCACAGGUAUCAGAAUGUUGAGUAAAGGAUGUCUAUAUGACUCAAUCCUAGUUUCUGCACAAAAAACGUGAUUCAUCAUUUUCCACAGAUCUUUAAAAAGGACAUCAGAAAGUCACAUAAAUGUAACUUUUUCACCUCAUUAGUCCACAUUCUUUCAUCUUUGACCACACAUCUAUGUUUCUGGGUUCUACACAUACUGUCCUGUAUAUGUUAUAUCAGAUAUACCAUAUCUCAGAGCUCAAAGCGAACUUUUUCCUCUGCUUUAUUUUUAUACAUUUGUAUCACCCAUUGAGAAUGACCUGUGGAGACUUACAUUAACUAAUGUACAGGACAUGGAUUGUGCUGUGCACCUGGACGGAUGUCAUGAUAAUCAGGAUAAACUUUAACUGCAUUAACUGCCCUCUGUGUCCCAGCUCUGUUUAACAUGCAGCUCAAUGUGGCUAAAAAUACUCUGACUGGGGAGAGCUCAGUACUUUCUACGCCUGAUGUUCUUCUGAAAGACUUUCACCAAAACACCGCUCUCAGGGUUCAUGAUGAUGUCCAGAAGUGUGUUUGUGCACUCAACUCUCAGCAGGCAUCACGUGGCCAGAAUGGUGUUUCUGAGCUAUCGGCCAAUGAGGUGGAACAUUUACUGAGAAAUGCUACAAUGCAUGGUCAAGCAAAGCACCAAAACUGGAACAGGGUGGAGGAGCAUGACCUCAGGAAGCAGCCAGGACACUAUGAUGUCCUGCAAAGACACAAAGCAGACAAAGACUCUAGCUCCAACGAAAACAGCCAAAGAAACCCACACAGUGAGCAUCACUACUGUAACCAGGACAGCUGUCUUAUCAAAAAUGAAGGCAGGAGCCAGCAAAGCAAUCUGACGGAAAGUUGUGUGACGCGCCUGGAUCACUAUGGCAACCAGCGAGAUUGUCACUGUAGUUCAUAUCCAGUGACAAAUUGUCACCGUCUUCAGGAAGGCGGGUCUGCAAGCCGCCAGCCCAGUGGCAUGACCAGAAGCAGCAGCAGGAUCACUGAACCAUCCAGGUGCUGCGUACCUCUUAGAACACAUGACCAGGAAAUACUAACACACACACGCUUCAGCUACACUCCCUGUUAUAUUCCUGCUAUUGAUUAUAUCAGUGAGGAAGAACAUUACCGCCCAUCAUUGUACCAGUCAAACAGACAAACUGGGAACAGACACAGAGCACCCCUUACUGGAGAUGACCCUCCUUGCACAGUCCUUAGCGUCUUGGACACUGCUGAGCCAAUCACAGCCAUAUUCAUGGGUUUUCAGUCAGCGUUGGACGAGAGCCGGCAGGUUCGGGAGUUUGAAGGUUCCCUCAAGGCUGAACUGGUCAUUGUUGAGGACGAUGAAGACUAUGAUGACAGCAACAUGAAGGAGAAGAAGAGCCACGGGCACAUUCCAAAGCCAAGCGCAAGCAAUGGAGCUGCUGCACACGUGCAGGGACUUGGAGACGGACACAGAGAGAGCGCGGUGGGACCAGGCGUCAGAAAGAUCCGGAAAAAACAACCGUGCUGUAGUGUCUGCUAACUGAAAGCCUUCUUUUUUACGUGGUGCUGCCUAAAAUGACCGAUUCUCCUCGAGCGCUUAGUGACGACUGCUUUUGUGAAAGGGAAGAUGUGAAAUCAUCUCCAGCUAAUAAACAUGUGACACUGUAA